AUGGGCCUGGGCCUGCAGUCGAAUCUACCGUCAUUGGUUCCUCCCAAAGAUUUCGUGGGAUAUCUGGGGUAUCAGCAAGCCAUGAACUCACUAUCCCAUUUGGCGCUUCGACAUGCAAAAUUCGGGGCAUGGUCCUCGGACGCAACCAACCUUCCUGCUGUGUUCCAUGAUCUAGAUAAAAUCACCGUUGUCGACCAGUUGCAAAAUAUAAAAGCCUGCACCUCAAUCCAACAGCUUCAACAGUACUAUAACUUCAAACUUCAUCAGAACUUUGUCGUCUCUACUUUCUCCCGGUCGAUCCUACGGGAAGACGCAGCUCAGAUAUUCCCUGGUAGCGACUAUGUAGGGACGAUGAGGCGCUUCAUAAUCGCUCUAAAACGAAGUGUACGUGCCUUUAUCAAGCUACAAUCGAUGUCGAGCAUGGCAAUUCGCACUUGGGCGCUCGUCCACUAUGGGCUUUCGUCGGCAUUACUACUAGGUCUUAUAAAGGAAGAAUCUGCUGCCGAUGAUACACGCCGAAUGCAGUCCGAACUUAUCGAGAUCUUGACUGAGCAUAGCGAACAAGGGGGAAGAUUCUCUAUUGUGCACAAUAAAGCUUUCAAGGCGGUAAAAAGGCUCCGAAAGCUUGCAGAUCAACGCGCAGGCCUCAGCCCUCCUGACGUUGGACAGUCUCCAGAAACUGUGGGAAAACUGCCUGAUGAUCUCAGCGAAGAGAAAUUCCAAAGGUUUGAAAUUGAGUCACAUUUCGUAUUCGUGGAUUUUGCUAGCCCAUAUUCGUAG